AUGAGUGAUAACACUGCUGUUCUUCUGCAAGCGAUGCGAAUGGGUGGAGCUCUUCCUCCAGAAAUCGUCGAGUACAUGUAUCACAACGGAGCUUUUCUACUAUUCCUAGGAUUCCCACAAGCUUCGGAAUUCGGUAUCGAUUACAAGACAUGGAAGACUGGCGAAAGAUUCAUGGGACUGAAAAUGAUUCCACCAGGAGUUCAUUUCGUAUACUGCAGUAUCAAGUCGGCUCCCAGAAUCGGGUUUUUUCACAAUUUCAAAGCUGGCGAAAUCGUUGUCAAAAAGUGGAACAAGGAAGCAGAAACGUUUGAAGAUGGAGAGGUCCCAGCAGAACAAAUCCCUGAAAAGAAGAGGCAGUUAAAAUCAAUGGACAACUCAUUGGCUCCAUAUCCAUACGAGAACUACCGUAGCUGGUACGGUCUCACAGAUUUUAUCACACCUGAAACUGUUGAACGAGUUCAUCCGGUUCUCGGAAGGAUCACUUCGCAGGCAGAACUAGUCAGUCUCGAAACGCAGUUCAUGGAGGAUGCCGAGCGGGAGCACAAAGAGACGCAUUUCAAGAAUCGCGUCGAUCGACAGAAUCCCGUUAGAACGCGUUUCGUCGAUCAGCACGGAUUACCGAUCAUGAAGAUUCGCGAAGGAUAUGAAAUACGGUUUCAGGAGAUUCCAGCGCUAACGGUCACCAAACACCAAGUGGGCAUAGAUUACUCCGAUCGUUUAUACGUCCUUCUCCGUGGCCUCGGAGGCGACUGGAAGCAGCUCUUGGCUGAAAUGCAAAUCGCUUUCGUCUGCUUCCUACAGGGACAAGUUUUCGAAGGCUUCGAACAGUGGAAACGAAUCAUUCAUCUGAUGUCAUGCUGCUCAAACGCGUUGGGAUCCGAAAAGGAGCUCUUUAUGGCUUUUAUUAGAGUGCUCUUCUUCCAACUCAAAGAGUGCCCCACCGACUUUUUCGUCGAUAUUGUGUCCCGCGACAAUUUUCUCACCACCACUCUCUCGAUGCUCUUUGCCAAUGUUCGGGACUCGGCACACGGUGGCGCUGAGCUCAAAAAGAAGACCGCCCAGUUCAAGCAGUAUCUCACAAAUCAAUUCAAAUGGGAUUUUGAUUGUGAAGACGGAGGCGAGAAGUUAUAA